CCGGUCCCUCGAUCGUAUUUCCCCACGCCGUUGGCCGUAUCUCCACACACACGCGCUCUGUCUUCAAGGCACGGACGCAGACGCCCUCUAGUUUCUUCGGUGCUCGAAUCCGCGAGCAAGCAACGGUCGGAUUCCCAAAUCCGAGAUACCCCGCUUUCUCUUCUCCACCACCGAACGAAAAGAAAGAUCUUGCCGGAAGGCUGAGUCUCGGAGCAAAAACGAGUAGCCGGACUUCCGUGGAGGAGAUCACCGGAGAAACAAAUAUUACAAUAAAAGUCAGGCAAAAAUGACGGAGGGCGGGAGCCGGAAGGUGGUGGUGGAGGUGUGCAAUGCGAGGAAUCUGAUGCCCAAGGACGGGCAGGGAACGGCGAGCGCAUUCGUGAUCGUGGACUUCGACGGGCAGCGGCGGCGGACCAAGACCAAGCUCCGCGACCUCAACCCCCAGUGGGACGAGAAGCUCGAGUUCCUGGUCCACGACCCCGACGCCCUGCCCGCCGAGACCCUCGAGAUCAACGUCUACAACGACAAGAAGAGCGGCCGCCGCAGCACCUUCCUCGGCAAGGUCAAGAUCUCCGGGGCCACUCUGCUCGCCUGGAGGGGGACGUCCGAGGCCGAGGCCCAGGCCUUCCCGUUGGUUUACUAUCCCUUGGAGAAGAGGAGUGUCUUCUCUCAGAUCAAGGGAGAGAUCGGCGUUCGGAUCUGCUACGUCGACGAGCCACCGCCGCCGAAUGCUGCUGCCACCGAAGCUUGUCCGGCUGCGGCCGAACAGAAGCCCGACGACCAGCAGGCUGCCGUUCAAGAGAAGAACGCCGAGGGAAAUGAUAAGCCACCGGUGACGGUGACGGACGGGAAGAAACCGGAGGAGAAGAAUUCAGAGGUCAAUCCAUCUGCUCCUAAAGAAGAGGAAAAGAAGGACUCGCCACCGGGAAACCCGAAGCCGGAGGAGGCCACUCCAGCCGCCGGCGAUGCUUCAAAACCGAAGGAAGAGAAUCAAGGCCCGCCCCUGCCGCCGUCCCCGGCGAAGGAUCCGCAGCUCUCCAGCUUUAGCGACCUCGAGAUCCGGCCAGUCACCAGCGAGCGCGCCGGUGGGAGCUCGUACGAUCUGGUGAACCGCGUUCCGUACCUCUUCGUCCGGGUCCUCAAAGCGAAGCGCGGGGGUUCCGCGGACGCCGGGCGGCCCUGUUACGCCAAGGUGGUCAUUGGGAGCCAGAGCGUCCAAACGCGGACCGUUAUGUCCGCGGACUGGGAUCACGUGUUCGCCUUCCACAAGGAAAGCCUGAAUUCCACUGCUUUGGAGGUGUCCGUUUGGGAGGAGGGCGGCGAUGAUAAGGUGGUGGCCGACGCGAGCCUCGGGUUGGUGUCGUUCGACCUCGAGGAGAUCCCUAAGCGGUCCCCGCAGGACAGCCCCCGCCCCCAGUGGUACGCUUUGGAAGGACCGCCGGAGGGCUCGCUGGGGAACGAUGUCAUGCUCGCGGUCUGGAUCGGGACCCAGGCCGACGAGGCGUUUCAGGAGGCGUGGCAGUCAGACUCCGGCGGCCUCGUCGUGCAUACGAGGUCCAAGGCCUACCUGUCCCCAAAGCUGUGGUACCUUCGCCUGACGGUGAUCCAGACCCAGGAUCUGAGGUUCCCUUCUCCGCCGCCGGUGGUAAAUCCCGAGUCGAAGGCGGCCCGGCCUCCGGAGCUCUACGUGAAGGGCCAGCUGGGCUCGCAGGUCUUCAAGACCGGGCGGGUGGCGCUCUGCACCUCCUCCAGCUCCGCCAAUCCCAGCUGGAACGAGGACCUCUUCUUCGUGGCCGCCGAGCCUUUCGAACCUUUCCUCACGAUCGUGGUGGAGGACGCGACCGCAGGCAAGCCCGUGGGCCAGGCGAGGGUGGCGCUCUCGAGCGUCCACCGGCGCCUGGACGACCGGGCGGAGCCGCCGUCGCGGUGGCUGAACCUGGCCGGCGGCGACGGGGAGCGGCCCUACGCGGGUCGGGUGCACGUGCGGGUCUGCCUCGAAGGCGGGUACCACGUGCUGGACGAGGCGGCGCACGUGGCGAGCGACGUCCGCGCGGCCUCGAAGCAGCUGUCGAAGCCCCCCGUCGGGCAGCUGGAAGUCGGGGUCCGGGGGGCGGCCAACCUGGUGCCGAUGAAGGUGGCGAAGGACGGGGCCAGCGGGUCCACCGACGCGUACGUGGUGCUGAAGUACGGGCCGAAGUGGGCCCGCACCCGCACCAUCCUCGACAACUUCAAUCCCCGGUGGAACGAGCAGUACGCCUGGGACGUGUUCGACCCCUGCACCGUCCUCACCGUCGCCGUCUUCGACAACGCCCGGUUCAACAAUAACGGCGAUAACCAUAGCCACAAUAAUAGCAAAAGGGAUGUGCGGAUCGGGAAGGUGCGGAUCCGGCUGUCGACGCUGGACACGAACCGGGUGUGCUUGAAGACGUUUCCGCUGACAGCGAUCCAGCCGGCGGGGGCGAAGAAGAUGGGGGAGCUGGAGCUGGCGGUCCGGUUCAGCUGCUCUUCGUGGGUGAGCCUGAUCCAGGUGUACGGGAGCCCGAUGCUGCCCCGGAUGCACUACGUGCGGCCGCUGGGGCCGGCCCAGCAGGACGUGCUGCGGGGGACGGCCAUGCUGAUCGUGUCGGCCCGGCUGGCCCGGUCGGAGCCGCCGCUGGGGCCGGAGGUGGUGCAGUACGUGCUGGAUACGGAGGCGCACGCCUGGAGCAUGCGUCGGAGCAAGGCCAAUUGGUUCCGGGUGGUGGGGUGCCUCUCCAAGGCCGCCGGGCUGGCCCGCUGGGUGCACUCCGUCCGCACGUGGGAGCGCCCCUCCAUCACCGUGCUUGUCCACGUGCUGCUGGCCGCCGUCGCGCUCUGGCCCCACCUCAUCCUGCCCACCGCAUCCUUGUAUCUGUUUUUGACGCUGAUCUGGAGGUACUAUCGGGCGCGGCCGAGGGAGCCGAGCGGGAUGGACCCGCGGCUGUCGCAGGUGGACACGGUGGGGCCCGACGAGCUGGAGGAGGAGCUGGACGCGUUCCCGACCGGGCGGGCGGCCGAGGUGGUGCGGGCGCGCUACGACCGGCUGAGGGUGGUGGCCGGGAGGGCGCAGGCGCUGCUGGGGGACGUGGCGGCGCAGGGAGAGCGGGUGGAGGCGCUGCUCGCCUGGCGGGACCCGCGGGCCACCGCCAUCUUCGUGGUCCUCUGCCUUCUGGUCUCCCUGGUCUUCUACGCGGUGCCUUUCCGGGUGCUGGCUUUGGCGAUGGGAUUCUACUACCUGCGGCAUCCCAGGUUCCGCGACGACAUGCCGUCGGCGGCCUUCAACUUCUUCCGCCGCCUGCCCUCCCUCUCCGACCGGAUCAUCUAGUCCACUCCUGCGCGUUGAUUAAUUUAUUUAAUUAUUUGAUGAUAUUCCUACCUGAUCAUGUGUUUAUUUAUUUUAUUUAAUAUUAUGUUUGAUUAGGAUUAAAUGGAAUUUUUCUUUUUAAGAAACUGAUUUAUUUAUUUGGCAAAUGCACGGUAUGUUGUCGUC